CGGGCGGUGCCGGUAGCUCCACACACACACACACACACUUGUUGUGCCCAACACUGACUCAUCUGAAGCUCUGCUCGGAUAUAAUGUCACCCUGUGGAUCUUAAACAGAAUUAAAGCAAAACCAACACUGAGGUAAACAUUAAUUAGGUCCGCGCUCAGGGGUGAUAAAUGGAAAUCUCGUCAAACGGAUUAACUCAUUUGCUGUGUGCUGAUUAAGUGUUCAUUAGGCUACUUUAUAGCUUCGAGGAAGCAGAGAGCAUGCUGGUGAUUCGCCUCACUUCCAGUUCAGAAGGGAAUGGGACAGUAAUAAGACUGGUUUGUCCAUCGCCCACCUCUGGCUGUGUGAUUGACUCCGACAAAGCCAGCAACUGGACUUUAAUCAGCGAAUACAACUCCACCACUGCUGCGCCACCUCUUUCUCCAGACAAAUGGAGCAAAUGCAACUUCUGGAUCGGCCUGGCUUUAGCCGUACUCUCAGCGUUUCUCAUAGGAGGAAGCGUGAUCCUGAAAAAGAAGGCACUGCUGCGUUUGGCUGAAAACGGGCAAAUCCGGGCAGGUGAAGGAGGACAUGGAUACCUGAAGGACUGGCUGUGGUGGGGUGGACUGUUGACCAUGGGAGGAGGUGAAGCGGCAAACUUUGCAGCCUACAUGUUUGCCCCAGCCACUGUGGUCACCCCUCUUGGGGCACUGAGCGUUCUUUUCAGCGCUGUAUUGUCCUCUCACCUGUUUGGGGAAACGAUGAACCUGCUCGGGAAGCUCGGCUGCAUGCUCAGCCUUUUGGGAAGCACUAUAAUGGUCAUUCACGCACCAGAAGAGGAAGCUGUGACGACUCUGCGUGAGAUGGCAGAUAAGCUCUUGGACCCAGGUUUCCUUGUGUUUGCCAGCAUCCUUCUCAUAGCCUGUUUGGUUCUGAUCAUCUACGUCUCUCCUCGCAUUGGUCAGACCAACAUAUUAAUCUACAUCAGCAUUUGUUCACUGCUCGGCGCCUUCACCGUGUCUUCAGUGAAGGGCCUGGGCAUCUUCCUCCGUACAGUCUUCACCGAGCUGUCCGUUCUCAGCCAUCCUCUCACCUGGAUACUCCUGCUGACUUUGGUGGCUUCCGUCAUCGUCCAAAUCAACUACCUGAACAAGUCUCUGGACACCUUUAACACGCUGCUUGUCUACCCUAUCUACUAUGUGUUCUUCACCACCGUGGUGCUCACCACCUCCAUCAUCCUGUUCAAAGAGUGGGGCCACAUGUCUGCCGUGGAUGUUGUAGGCACCAUGGGUGGCUUCCUGGUCAUUGUGCUUGGGGUGAGCAUGCUUCAUGUGUUCAAGGAUCUGCAUGUGACUUUGGAUGAGCUGAGGAGUAAUCUGUGCCAGCCUCAGGCCCUGGGUAGCCCAGAAAAGAGGGAGGACAAGCACAUCCUCAUUGAGAAUGUCGAGAGCCUGCCGCCAAUGAGGGAGGAAGGGCCCAGAGUUUUCAUCAUCAGCUGAGCAUUUGAAAUGGCGCUUUUUUUUUUUUUUUUUUAAUUUAUUAAACUGUAAAGUUAAGAAGUUUGGUGGGGGAGGGGGAAAAUCACAUUUAUAUCAUGGUUCCAUCAUCAGCCAAAGCAUGUUUGGUGUCUGCUAGUUAUGUACUCGAGCUAUGAGGCUAAUGUACCGUAGCUAACAAGUACUGGAAGUCAACAUUGACUGUCGUUCAUUUUCAGUAACCACUUUUAUACAGGUCAGGGUCACUGGGAUCGGUUCCAGAUCCAAGAAUACUGAAACCUGAGGCAGGGAUACACCUUGCAAAAAAAGAUUUCUUGUUAAGAGGAGAAUAUCUUGAAUAUAGGUGAAUUUAUCUAAUCUCUCUUAUUGGAACUCAAAUACAAGUUUAUUUAGCUUACUUUUUAGAUACUUUUACCCAUUUCAAGCUCCCCCCCCCCCCCCAAAUCGUGACCGCCUGUAGGCUAGGCUGUUGGCGUCCAUCAGGAGCACGCUUAAUCUUCUGCCGGCUUGCUAGGCCUGUCACAGCUUCACAACCAUUUACGCUCAUGGUCAAUUUAGAGCCACCAAUUAACCCUAACCUGCAUGUCUUUGGACUGUGGCGAGAGAAUAUGCAAACUCCACACAGAAAGGUCCUUGCUGGCCACUGGUCUUGAACCCAGAACCUUCUUGCUGUGAGGCAGCAGUGCUAACCACUACACCACCGUGCCGCCCAUUUCAAGCUCGAAAUUCUUAUUCUAUUGGCAGAUAAUUUUGCUCCUUUCUAGAAUUAAAUGCUUAAACUUAGCAAAAUGAUCUGCCAAUAGAACCUGACAAUUUCAAGCGUGAAAUGAGGAAAAGCAUCCAGAAGCCUCAUCUCAUUAUCUGUAGCCGCUUUAUCCUGCUCUACAGGGUCGCAGGCAAGCUGGAGCCUAUCCCAGCUGACUACGGGCGAAAGGCGGGGUACACCCUGGACAAGUCGCCAGGUCAUCACAGGGCUGACAGACAACCAUUCACACUCACAUUCACAUCUACGGUCAAUUUAGUCACCAGUUAACCUAACCUGCAUGUCUUUGGACUGUGGGGGAAACCGGAGCACCCGGAGGAAACCCACGCGGACACGGGGAGAACAUGCAAACUCCACACAGAAAGGCCCUCGCCGGCCACGAACCUGGACCUUCUUGCUGUGAGGCGACAGCGCUAACCACUACACCACCGUGCCGCCCCGCAUCCAGAAGUAAGCUAAAUAAUCUAUGGAGAUAUUAGAUAAAUUCACCCAUAUUAAAGAUAUUUUCUCUUAAGAUUGGAGUGGGUGUUUUUUUUUUUUGCGCACAGGACAGCCAGUCCAUUUCAGGGCACACCCACACGUUCACUGACUCCUUCACACCUAGGGGUGAUUUAGAGUAGCCAAUCCACUUACCGACGUUUUUGAAGGUGGGAGGAAACCAGAGAACCUGGAAGAAAUGCAUAUAGACAAGCUUCAAAGCCAGCUUCUGGAUUUUAACAAUUCCCCUUUCAGCUUUUAGAGACAGAGUCUUGGGGGUAUACUGCUAACACAGGUAAACAAGCAUUUCGUUCUCGUUUGUCCAAGAUGGCCGCCCUGAUAAUACAGAGAUUUCGUUCAUGUUUACAGAGGACACGAGUUCACAUGGUGCCCGAGACGACAUCGUCUCGUCUUGGCAUUAUUUAAUAACUCUGAUUUGAAGACGAUAUUUGCUGGAAAAGUGUUUGUUUAUUUUUGCUCCCCCCCAUUACUUGUGAAGAACUCUGGAUUCUUGGCUCCAGUACAAAAGCCUCUUGAUACCAAACCUAUUUUGGCUGAUCUGGUAUUUGAGUUAAAAAGGGUGAGGGGAGAAAAAACAACUGCACAUUUGAUUUGUUUUCCUAAAGCCGCCUUAUAUUUUCCUAAUGUUGUAGCGAUACCAGCGGCGUGUUCUCUGAUCGAGGCGCUUCGUGACGCAGUUCCUGCUGAGGGUCAGCCUUAAUGAUGAGGCCGAACACUUAGGUUCUUCCGAGUGUAUGUUUCACUUCAGAUGCUGUAACUUUUGCACGUUUGGAAGUCUUUUAAUGCUGGCGUUUAUACAACGGUUUCUUCUCGCAGUUGACGGUUUUGAUAGACGUUCACAAAAGCAUUGUCAACAGCGUGCACUUCUUCUUCUGGCAGCUUGUACACAAAGCGCAUUUCUUAAAGCAAUUUGAUGCAAAUUGAUCUCUCCUUUCAGCUGCUGCUGCCCUUCACUUGCAUGUAAGAAAAUCUUCCUGGAAGCAAAGUACAUGCUUCAGGUCAAAAGCAAUUCAAAGCCUGAUCUGAAACUGAAGAUGUUGAAGCAUGAAUAGAUCAAGGUCGUAUGUUACUAUAUUAGUCUUUUUUUUCUUUUCUUAAAACUGCUAAGUGAUUUCAUGUUUUUGUUUCUGCCCUUUUGUAUAAAACAUUUUGUGGUUUUGGCAGGUGAAGUGCAAUGAUCUCUGAAUUUAAUGUGAAAUUUGUUUCAGGAACUGUGGGGGGAAAAAUGUGAAGUAGCUGAAGACAUAAUGCAUCAGAUGUUGACCGUGGCUGACGCUGAUGACUGUCAGUGGCUCAUGCAAAUAUUUGUCUAUUAAACAGUAUGCAAACAAUGACCAACAUUUUCCUAUUAAACACUUUCAUUAACUGUCA